CAGGCGCUCUAGGAGCCACUCCCAUCCACGAACGGAACUCCGGAGCGGGCUUGCCCGACAGCCUUUGUUUCCUAGGCAAUGCAGUACACAAAGGCUGGCCCUCGUGGCACUCGCAUGAUGUGCUUCGGCAAAACAGAGACACUGGUUGACUACUCCUUUGGAACAUGUCAACAGAGGAAGCUCUUUCCUCACUUCUCUCCCCCCAGCUUGUUGGGAAACAAGUUUCUCCCUCUCAGGGGAGCACCCCACCUAGGGCCUGGAUGUUACCUAACAGAAGAUAGCUAUGGCUUGGCAUACAACCUCUCUAAGAUCCCGACCAGUAAAAAAGGAUAUACUUUUGGAGCCAGAACAGCCGUGAGGUUUGAGCCAAUCAGCAAGGAUACAACACCUUACCCAGGCAUGUACCAGACAGUCAGUCCUCAAGAGCAAACACACAAACGAAAUUUUGCUCCCUUUAAUUCUUUGUUGCCUCGAUUUAAGACAGGCUCGAAGGACACUUAUCCUGGCCCUGGCACUUACAACCCAGACGUAAAGACAUCCCAGAAAAUCAUCUGGCCAAUGAAAUUUGGACCUCCAGACUGGGCUCAAAUUCCAUGUCUACAGAAAAGAACCCUGAAAGCUGAGCUGCCCACAGACAAAGACUUUAGGAAGCAUCGGAACCGCGUGGCCUACCUAAGCCUGUAUUACAACUGAAAACCUGUGACUGCCUUCGCUUGCUCCUCCUGAGCACAGAACCUCCACCACUGAUGAGAGGCUCCUGUCUUUCUGCGUUGUUCUGGCCCUCUUGUCUGCCAGCAGGGGGCGCAGGGAGGGGCCAGGGCUCCUAACUAGCACAUGACGCCAUAAAGACGAGUUCAGAGGGCUCCGUCUCCCUGUGCUGGUGGUUUGUCGUAUGCACACAAAGAUGGGUCUGGGCUCCUCCUGAGUGUUCAGUGGGGUGGCUUUGCUUUCCUGAAAGACCUGUGGGUCCCGCCUCUAACUCUUAGUCCCAGGCACGAGUUUUAGGUUUCCUACCACUGGCCUGGUGACAGGAGACUGUUGGUCUCUGCAGAUCAAGGAUUUGGAUGGCUUGCUCGGGCUUGUAUUUGGACUUGCUAGAUGCAGAGGAUACUUAAAGGCAGGGUAAAUGUUUAUGUUUUAGGAGCUCUUCCAAGUGCCUGAGUUCCCAGCAUGGAGUCAGAAAGAACUAAUUGGAUUGCCUUUUCCAGAUUCAUGUAAAACUCACAGAAUCCAAAAUUCCCCCUUCCCCAUGACAUCAUCUGUUUGGUCUGUCAGUCAUCAUACAUACUGAGCUGCUAUCAUGUGUCAGUCAGGCACAGUGACAAGAACUUGGGCCAUAGCAGGAAUCGACAUUAACUCAUCCACGGCCUCCUCAGCCCUGGUCUGGAGUAGGAGGAGGACUUCGCAAGUGGCUCAUUUUUGGGGUCUGUCCCCCACCCCGACCUCAGUUUGAUUUUUUUAUUUUUUUAAGAUUUUUAUUUUUCCACUAUAGUUGAUUUACAGUGUUCUGUCAAUUUCUACCAUAUAGCAAAGUGACCGAGUCAUACAUAUAUAUAUUCUUUUCCUCACACGUGUCUAGAUAUAGUUCCCUAUACUAUGCAGCAGAAUCUCCUUGCCGGUUUGAAGGAUCCUCUGAAGCCUCACAGGUUACUCUAGGAAUGUAAAGAUCAAAGCUCAGAGCAGCCACAUUCAAAGUGCUUAUCUAUAUACUGGCCUGGUGUCUACCUCCCUUUGUGCAUAUUUAAAACCUUAAACCACAGAUUGAGUCACAUGGACUCCUGAUGAACUUGAGAUUUGAAGUUAGAAUGGUAAUUUUUUGACACUGUCCAUACCUUGUACCCAUAGCUCUCCAUAUUGUCAUAGGCAACCCACUCUGUUUUUAUAAGCAAAUGCGAUU